UCAGCUGGUACUAUGCCAUGUUUGCUUUGUGUGAAGUAGUUGCUCUGACCUGUCUGGUUUAUAUCCAGGAGAAUGCUGGGUGGAAAAUAGGCUAUGGCAUUCUUGUUGUGUUCAUGCUCUUUGCAGCUCUCUCUUUCUUUCUGGGUUCUCCCUUCUAUGUGAAACAAAAUGCCAAAAGAAGCUUAAUCCCUGGGUUGCUUAAAGUGAUUGUAGCCUCUUGCACAAACAGACACCUCAAAUUUUCUUCAGGAAAUACUCAAAUAGGUUACCAUCACAACAGUUCCACUACCAUGGAUCACCCAAGUGAAAGACUCAGGUUUCUGAAUAAGGCUUGCAUCAUACAAGAUCCCCAACAAGACUUGAACUCAGAUGGAACAGCAAUAGAUCCCUGGAGGCUUUGCACUGUGGAUCAAGUAGAGGAGCUAAAGGCAAUACUGAGGGUUAUCCCAAUAUGGUUCACAGGUGUGAUAAUGUCUGUGGAUUUCUGUCAAUCUUCUUUUGCAGUCCUCCAAGCAACCACACUGGAUCGCCAUAUCUUCAGUUCCAACUUUGAAAUCCCAGCAGGCUCAGUAGGCUUAUUUGGAGUUGGGUUCUCCUUUAUCUGGAUAGUAUUAUACGACAGACUACUCCUGCCUGUAGCAUCAAGAAUUAGAGGAAACACAGUCCAUUUUGGCACCAAAUCAAGAAUGGGAUUUGGGAUCUUUAUGUCCUUCUGGUAUGCAGUCAUGGUGGGCAAAGUCGAGAGCAUCCGACGAAGCCUUGCAAUCAAACAGGAACACUCAUCAGACAACCUCGGAGAUAGUAAAAUGUCAAUACUAUGGAUAGUACCGCAGUAUGCGCUCAAGGGAAUCGCAGUGGGAUCCAAUGCUGUGGCGCAAAACCAGUUCUUCAUUUCUGAAUUUCCCCGAAGCAUGUCGACUAUAGCUUCCAGUCUUUACGCGCUUGGCUAUUCCCUCGCGAGCUUGCUAGCGAGUUUGCUGAUGAGCAGCAUCAGCGAAUUGAGCAGAAGUAGAGGAAAUGGGAGUUGGAUAACAAGCGAUAUAAACGAGGGUCACUAUGAUUACUUCUACUGGGUUCUUGCUGGGUUAAGCAUGGUUAACUUUCUCCUGUUCCUCAUUUGUAGCAGGUCUUAUGGUCCUUCUAAAGACGAGAAACCAGUGGCCAUGGAGGAGGAUUGAAAAAGAACAGGAGUCGUAAAACAAGUCAACUAGGAACAUAUAUAUGAUGCAUGGUCUUAACAUGCAUAUGGUAUAUACAUUAGACAUAAAUAAUCGAUACUGAAUAAUUGUAUACUGAAACCUGACUUCAUAUAAGCA